UGCACGUCUUUGCAAGCUGGCUAUACAUCUUCUCCACUCCUGUCUGAAACACCUCUGCAGUAUAGCCCAACAACCAGCUCAUGUAAGGAUGAUAGGAGAGAAGUUGUUAUUGCCCAUAUUACUAAUGUCUGUGCUGAGCUUACUGACACUACAGACAUCGCAUGGACAGCAGUUUGCAGAGGAGUCCUGCACUGUUCAGAUCCUUGUCCCUGGACUCAAAGGAGAACCAGGCGAGAAAGGACAAAAAGGAGCACCAGGGAGACCAGGAAGAGUUGGUCCGCAUGGAGAAAUUGGUCAAACUGGGGUUAAAGGUCAGAAAGGCAUAAUGGGACGUUAUGGAAAAGUAGGCCCAAGUGGAAUGAAAGGGGUAAAGGGUGACAUGGGGGAUGCAGGUCCACAGGGCGCUAAUGGAGAUCCAGGUGUUCCAUGUGAGUGCACACCAAUGAGAAAGACGAUUGGAGAAAUGGACAUUCUUGUUGCACAGCUAUCCUCUGAACUUAAAUUCAUUAAAAAUGCACUGCCCUCCCCUGCAGCUGUUGCUGGCAUAAAAGAGACGGACAGUAAGGUCUAUCUGUUGGUGAAGGAGGAGAAACGCUACUCGGAUGCUGAGGUCUACUGCCAGACGAGGGGAGGGCACCUGGCUAUGCCCAAAGACGAGGGAGCCAACAUGGCCAUCGCGGGGUACAUAACUGAUGCCGGCCUCAAUCGAGUCUACAUUGGCAUUCAUGACCUGCACCAAGAGGGUAUCUUCAACUACGUGGAUCUCUCUGCCAUGACCACUUUCAGCAAAUGGAGGAAGGGAGAACCCAACAAUGCGUAUGAUGAUGAAGACUGUGUUGAGAUGGUAGCCUCUGGGGAGUGGACUGAUGUGGCCUGCAACCCUACCAUGUAUUUUGUUUGUGAAUUUGACAAGGACAGUGUCUGAGUUCAGUCUUUGUUUAAGAGACUGCUGAAAGAACGGAUGCAUAUAAGGGAACAGAAGUUAGGUAGAAAAGUGUAAAUAGGGCGACAAAAUGACAUCCAAGUUGUGCAAGCUAGUAUAUUUCCCACUUUUUCUUAUAAGCUACGGUAUUUAUUUUCUGAACUCAAAAAACAUCCAGUUAUUGUUCUUCUGUGAUAUUUGUUCUUUUUCUCAAUACACACUUAAUCUCAUACUCUGUGAAUUAUCAGUGUUUCAAACAGAAUGCAAGGCAAUGUAUUGAGUUUUUAUGUAAUGCAAACUAUCCACCCGGCAACAUUUGCAACAGGGCCAUCAACAAACAAGACAAAUAAGCAAAUGCAGAAGGCUGUAGUGUGCAUUACAAAUUGAAAUUAAAGAUUGUGUUUCCAGUUGCACACUUUUAAUCAUAACAAUGGAAUGCAAUAUACAUCCUUUAUUCAUAUCAUAAUUUAUGUGGCUGUUGCUAUACAAUAAAGAUUCGCUGAUAACUAAA